AUGGGAAACUCAAAGGUCGUUAAGCCUCUUGCUCGCUCAAGAUUCAAGAAAAUCAUCAAAUCAAAACUUCAAAAACAGAAAUCCCUCAAGAACGAUUCGACUGACCUUUUGGUGUAUUUGAACUAUAUGUUAUUCUUGAAAACUCUUCUCAAUGAAGCACAGGCUUUACAAUCAAAAGAAGAUAGUGAAGAAUUAACUGUGGUUCAUUUGAAUAAUAUCAGAAGCUCGGUAUUAAAAAGAUUUCGUGGUUGA